AUGAUGUCGAAAGAAAAUACCACUCCACUUCCAAACACCUCGAAGAAGGGGUCAGUGCAGAAAAGUAAAUCUUUGAAGGCAAAAUCCUCCGCAAGGAAGGGAGGUAAAGGACGUAACUACCAGGCUGCCAAGUCGUUCCAACUAGUUAAUGGGAUUAUAACUAAGGAUGACAUAGUGCCACUAUGCAAGAGUAAGACAGUUCAGAAGACAGAUGAGAAGAGUUCUGAGGUUCCAUACGAAAUAAUCGAUAGCAUAAACGCAUCUAUUGCAUGCAACAUAAGAUACAACAAGGAUGAAAAGAACGUGGAAGAUACUUCUGUUAUGGAUUAUGCUCGCUCCAAUAGCAAUGAUACAUUGUUUUCCUCGAUGGAAGACAAUAUUUCUAUAACUUCUUUCUACGAUGAUGUGGAGAAGAUUUCCUUUUUUCAAUCAACAUCUGAUUUCCCUACAUAUUACAACACUACUAGGAAACCUAUCGAUGAAAAAGAAGAGACGACACUAAACACGUUGAAAGAUGUACAUCAUAACAAUGGCUGCAUAAGGCUAAAUAAUCACCACACAAUUCAAAAUGACAAAAUGGAGGGCGUUGUGACACCAAAUGACGCAAAAAAUGGUCUAGUCUUAUCGCAAGAUUAUCUCUCGGAUAUUAUUGAUGAAAGUUUGCUACAUUUUAGUCAGGAGACGUUCAAUAUGGACGAUCAAUAUGGUACAGAUGUGAAAAAAGUGACUUAUAGGAACGCCGAGGGUAACUUCACUUUGAAACCAAGGGAGAAAGGCUAUAUACCUGUAGAUAGUGACUAUGAAGAAGAAGGUAUUGAAAUAGCCGACGAGUUAUUUGCACAAGAAAACAGCGCUUUAAGAAGAGAAAGUGGAAUACGAGAAAUGGUUUCCACUGGUGCAGGAAUAGAUGAUUUUAUGUUAUAG